AUGGCAACUCCUAACAACAAUAGUGCUGGCAGUUUCUUCUUCAUAUUGAUGGAUCUCCCAGGACUGGAGACUGCUCAUUGCUGGACAGCUAUUCCUAUCUGUUCCAUCUAUGUUCUUUCUGUGAUGGGCAAUGUCACCAUAUUGUACAUUGUCAAGUCUGUAUCCAUUCUCCACACACCCAUGUACCUCUUCCUCUCCAUGCUUUCAGUGGCUGACCUGGGCCUCUCCGCUUCUACACUGCUUUCAAUGGUAGCUGUCUUUCUCCUGGGCCAGAGGAAGACAGGAGUUGCAGCCUGCUUUAUGCAACUCUUCUUCAUCCACACUUUCUCAGUCAUUGAAUCAGCUGUUCUGUUGGCCAUGGCUUUUGACCACUGUGUGGCUAUCCGAGAGCCCCUACGCUAUGCCACCAUUCUCACAACCAGGCGCGUUGGGGCCAUUGGGCUGGCCAUUGACCACAGUGCUGUCCUCCAUUUGCCCCUGCCUGUGCUUCUUGGAAGGCUUCAAUUCCAGCCUGUGAAUGCUCUGUCUCACUCUUACUGCAUUCAUCCUGAUGUUCUAAGGCUGGCCAGUUCCAGCACUCUUGUGAAUAGUAGCUUUGGGCUCUUCGUCAUGCUCUCCACCUUGGGCAUGGAUGCUGUGCUCAUUCUCCUCUCCUAUGUGCUGAUCUUGAAGACAGUAUUGAGUAUUGCGUCCAAUACUCAGCGGCUCAAAGCUUUCAACACCUGCAUUUCCCAUAUAUGUGCAGUACUACUCUUCUAUACCCCACUAGUUAGCCUAUCCAUGAUCCAUCGUUUUGGUAAAAAGAAGCUACCAGCUCAGGUAUAUAUGCUUCUCUCCUACCUGCACUUUCUUGUGCCUCCAAUGCUCAACCCAAUUGUCUACACUGUCAAAACCAAAGAGAUUCGGGUACAUAUUCUAAAGAUGCUCCACCCCAAAAAGCUCUGA